GUGAGGAGAGGCUGUAUGGAUUUUGGAUUCAUAUCCUUUCAGAAUGUAAGGCAAGGGACCUCAGUGUGUACAAUGUCAAAGGAAGACGCUAGUGAAGACCUCGAGUCCUUAAAGCGACAACAAGCGGAGACUCGCUUUAAGCUCAACCUUGCCAAUAGACACAUCAGUACCUUGUAUACUCAGGUACAAGACCUGGAGGUUCAGUUUAAAACAGCGAUCAAACACAAAAAGCACUCUGCACGCUACAACCUCCGCCAGAAACUGGCAGUUAUUAUGGGUCUGAAAAUAGUCUACCUCAACUAUUGUUCGGUGAAGUCUCAAGAACUUGAACGUAUAAACCAGAAACUUCAGUCAUUUACUGGUAGGGAAGAAGAGGCCAUGGACACUGACUCCAAUGAGGAGCCAAAUUUGGCCAUAUUGGAAAUGUAAAAAAGAAAUUUGGAGAUGGAAAAAAAUGUGUGACGCAUUUAACGUGGCCAGUUAGAUAAGAACGUCAGACUUGCUUCACUGCAGUGUUGUUGUGGUAGGCAGUUGCUGUAUUAUGUGCGUCUCUCUAGAACAGUAGUGUGUACCUCAACAAACUUGAUCCUGUACAUAUUUUUAAUUCAGUAGCUAAGAUUUACCAAUAUGGCGUCUGACAGUGAAUAUGAAGAGGAAGAAACGCUAGUCAUGGUUGAACUAAAUGGAGUCAUUGACUCUGAGAUUUUUGCACAAGAUUCUUUCGAUAAGUUCAAAAUAUUAUCCAUAGACUCUGAUCAUCCUGUUUUACAAGUAGAAAACUUUGUGUUUUCUGGUGACUAUGAACACACAAUGGGUACGGCUGUCUUCUUUGAAGAGGAAGAUAAAAGGGUUAAAAAGUGUGAUCCAGUAUUUUGCAAGAAGCCAUUAAGGAUGCUCAAAUAUGUUUACAAGACGAAUAAAAAACUCACAAUGAAGAGAGUGUUUAUAUCUGACAAGCAGACCCAGGAAGGUGUUUUAAAGGUGGACAACCCUGAGGAUGGGGACUAUUUUAAUGUGGGUUGCAACAUUAAUGCGAGCGACGUCUCGCCGUCCGACAAGAGCCAUCUCAACGAAGAUGGCUCUGUGAGUGAUCCCUUAUCAACGGAAGAGCUUAGUAUUGACCGUACAGAUGAAGAUGGUACCGUAAACGAUCCUGCAUCAGUAGAUGAUCCUGGGAAUGAAGAAGUUAAAGAGGGUGUGGUUUAAAAUAAUUCAGGUAUAAUUAGGUUUUGUUUUGAGUCUUGAGAAGACAAAUUUGGUUAUUUUGCCCCAAAAUAAAAUUUCCAGUAGAUUGACUUAUAAUUUUCAUAAUUAGAAUUAAAAAGGAUGUCCAAGUUUUUUGACAUGUGGUAUUAAAAAAAAACCUUAUGGUAAAGAACCCUUAUAUUAAUAUGUUUUGAUUCACAGGAGAUCUUUAUAAAGUAUUGUACUAUAUAGAAUACAGCCUCUCCUCACUUAACAACGUACGUACUCGUUUACCAACACUGUCUUAGGAAUGGAACUCUGUCGUUAAGUAAGGAGAGGCGGUAUGUACACAAAACAUUGGUACAUGUAGCAUGUGGGAGGUAUUGUCAGUGGUGCAAUUCUUAUAUAAUAUAUGUAUAUAUCUCGAUACACCACCUCUGCAUCACGCUCGAGUUGCAUGGCUAGUGCGAUGUACAGAAACAUGGUGCAUAUAAGGCAUUGGCACAUGCAUACAAAAAGUAUUACAUGCCAACACCACUGUACCUGACUUCUCUGAUGUGCUAUACAUACCACUGUUUGUGUACUCCAUGUCGUACUCUACUGGUAAAAUUGCUACUGGAUUAAACAAUGCAUUAGAAAAUUAUUUCAUUGAAAGUAUCUUUUUAUUAUUGCCACAUGCUGAUAUUUUGUUGGUGAAUGAGUGAGUACUAACUUCUGUGGAUACAGGGGUUGAGUCACAACUCUUGGCCCCAUGCAUGGGUGGGUUUGUGGGGGAGGUGGGGCGAGUGUUGGUCGGUACUCGCCUGUAUGUGGCUGCAGUGUGCGGUCGAGUGGUGAGGGGUAUAUUUGUGUGUUUGAGAGGAGACUGAAUAAUUAUAAAGCCAUUGGAGUGUGAGGGUAAAGUGACUUUUUUGAAGGAAUUCAGGGGAAACUGAUUAGCUCGAAGAAGUGGAGAUGUUUUAGUAAUAUCUGAACUGCAAUAUCAGCACAACUUUGGGAAAAUGACAGUUGAAUGAUUGUUUUCUUUGGGUUAGCUUUCCUUGGUGAUGGCCAUUUAGGUAAGAAAGUGAACAUUCAUGUUUUAAUGUUAAUAGAACUGUCGGUGUUCAUGUUGUCCAUAGCGUGGUGUAAAAAGAGUAGCUUGUAUAAUAAGACCAAAGUGAGUGUAUGGUGGAAUAGGUUCAGGAAGCCAUUAUAAGGAUGAUUAUACUUGCCUGUUGUAUAAUAGGUAUGCCAGGUAUGUGUCCCUCAUUUUAUGUUAUAGAUGUGUUCCAGAUCCUUGGCAUAAGUGCUAAGCUCAGUCAGGUCAUAAACAAUUAUACAUAAUAAAAAAAAUCCUCGGUAUGAUUUUGGAACUGUGCCGAGUGCGUGACGCAGCCUUAAAUUGUGUAUUAUGAAUUACUUCUAGAAAUAGGACAUGACGUAAUAGCAAAUUCACAUAACAUGAAUCCACAUAAAGCAAGGAAGAGUUAUCUUGUAAUAAAUAUGUUUAUUGUGGAAAAGACGAACUGCAUCAAAUCUUAUUAGGGAAAUUAUAAUUUUAUAAAUUUAAACGUUGAGCAGGAAUUGUAAGGAAAAGUUUAAUGAUUGUUUCAACACACACCAGUUAGAUCAGUAUAUAACUGCAAGUAAAUAACAAAAAAAAAAAAAAAAAAAAAAAAAAAAAAAAAAGCACAAUACCGUGACUGUAAGGAUAGACAAAUAACCCGCAUAUAGAAGAGAGGAGCUUACGACGUUUCGGUCCGACUUGGACCAUUUCGGUCCAAGUCGGACCGAAACAUCGUCGUAAGCUCCUCUAUUCUGUGUGCGGGUUAUUUGUGUAUAACUGCAAGUGACUGGAGGAUCAACAUUGAUCUUACCCUUGAGUGGAGUGCUUGCUCCAGAUGCUAGAAUUUUCAGCUACCUGUGGUAAGUUGUUUCACAUCUUGAUAACUGUGUUUUCAGUGUAUCCUUGUGAUCAUUGGUUUUAUAAUUUUAUUUCGAAGAUUUUCUACAUUGAUAAUCUUACGUACUAUGCUGUUACUAAAGCUGUUUGCCGACUUAGUGUGUACCAUUGUACGAACUUUAUAAACAAUUGAAAUUUUAUUUUUCUGUAGCUUGUAUUUUCUAUGUUUGAUCCAAAAUGUAUUAAUUUAUUUUAUUCCUUGUGAUUGAAUUCACACUAUGGAAUUAUUUUCACCAUUUGCAGCAAAUUAUCUAAUUCAUAUUAUUGUGGAACUUGUGUUUAAUGAAGUUUUGAAAUAAAUGGUGUACAAAAAUGUGUGA